AUGCCGGCGCCCAAAGGAGACUCGAUGCGCGGCUUAGCCGUGUUUAUUUCUGAUAUACGUAACUGCAAAAGCAAGGAGGCCGAAAUUAAGAGAAUAAACAAAGAAUUAGCCAAUAUCCGGUCAAAGUUCAAGGGUAAACCACUGUUUUUCCAAAUUCCGGAUUCACAAGCGUUGAUUUUUCACUCAUUAGUUUGCAUUUUUUAUGCAUCUGAUUAG